AUGGCACCGUUGCAGAAGAUACUCGUCCUUGGUGGAAAUGGUUUCAUAGGCUCUGCCGUGUGCAGGUUCGCAUUGGCGAAAGGAAUGCAGGUCACCAGCGUUAGCUCGUCAGGAAAACCAUAUCGCACACCAAAGGGCCAUGCGCCCGACUGGACGUCCAAGGUGGAUUGGCAAAAGGGAGACGCACUCCAUCCAGAAACCUUUGCGCAUCUGUUUCCGGAGGUUGACGGCGUCGUACAUACGCUUGGAACGCUGAUUGAAGACGGGCGGUACAAGCAGGCUCUCAAGAAUGGCGACUUCCUGUCAGUCAUGCAAAGCGUCUGCCAGUCAGGAUUUUCGGACGGCAAUCCGCUCAAACGUCAAACGGGUGGAGAACAGAACAGGGGAAGUUAUGAGGUUAUGAAUCGCGAUACCGCGUUGCGUGUUUGCGAAGCGUUUAUUGCCUCUCCCCCUUCUGAAGCGUCCAAGAUCAAUAUACCCAGGCCAUUCGUUUACAUUUCCGCAGAAGACAUCUUCCGUCCUGUGAUUUCUGAAAGGUACAUCACGACGAAACGGGAGGCGGAACGAAGAAUCGAGAUCAUGAUGCAAGCCAACCCUCUCUACCGAGGAGUGUACAUCCGUCCUAGCCUGGUCUAUCACCCUCAUCAUCGACCAUGGACGACACCCGCCGCAGCGCUUCUCGACCUCUCGGCCGUGGUCCACGAAAAUAUGCCUCGAGGUCUCCCCACGCCGUCAAGCUUUAUCCGAUCUCUCGGGUCUGCCUUUCCACAGACGGGGUCUGACGGAACUCGGACAUCGCCGCUGGGGUCUAUUGCAAAUGCACUUACUACGCGUCCUAUUCACGUUGACACGGUCGCAGAAGCCGUUUGCGCUGCAUUGGACCCGUCCAGAGGUGUACGUGGGGUAAUUGGGGUAAGUGCUAUGCGUGAGCUUCUGGGAUGGACAGAAACGAGGAGAGAAGGCGGUGGUGCUCCAGUGGGACUCCAUAAUUCAUGAGAUGUAUCAGUAGACACUCGAAUAAUUCACAAGCUUGAGUUGAGGCUU